AUGUCCACCGCCACCGCCACAAACCCCGACUACCAGACAAAAGUCUUCACCGCCGACGGCAUCCUCUUCGACAUGGACGGCACUCUGACCGACAGUAUCGCUGCUGUCGAGGCCGCCUGGACCGCCAAGGCUGAAGAGCUCGGCCUCGAGCCCGAGGACGUCAUCAAGGCCACCCACGGCCGUCGUGCCAGUGACAACCUCCAGGACCUCGUCCCCGGUCUCCGCCAAGAGCACAUUGACCGAGAAGUCGAAAAGUUUGAGCGAUCCAUUCUCGAGUUUGCCGACACCCCUCCCCGUCGUCGGAGCUCGUCAUCGUCUUCUCGAUCCUCCCAUUCUCGCUCCAUGUCCAACUCGAUAUCCCUCUCCCCCCUGACGCCCAUGACCAACGGCACUCCCGCCAACGGUCGCGCCGCGCCCAACACUGUCCAGCCCCUCAACCUUUCCGACCUCGAGCCCAAGGCAGGUGCUUCCCAGCUCGAGGAGGAUGUCUUUGAGGACGAGCUCGACGAGGCUGUAGAUAUGAGCGUCCGCAUCUUGCCUGGUGUCAGCGAGCUUAUCAAGUCUCUACCCGGAGACAAGUAUGCCGUUGCCACGUCUGGUGCCAAGACCUACUGCCACGGCUGUCUCGAGAGAACUGGCAUCACCAUUCCCAAAGUCUGCGUGACAGCCGACGACCCCCGUCUUCUCCGAGGCAAGCCUUUCCCCGACCCAUUCCUCCUGGCCGCCUCCGACCUUGGUAUCGACCCCACCCGUGCCGUCAUCUUUGAAGACUCUCCCUCUGGUAUCCUCGCUGCCAUCCGUGCCGGCUCUACCGUCAUCGCCGUGUGUACCUCCCACAAACGCGAGCAGAUCUCCCACCUGGGUGCCCACUUUGUCGUCGAUACCAUGGACCAGGUCGGCGUCAAGGUGUUGGAGGACGGACAGCUAGAGUUUACCGUCAAGCACUAG